AUGGAUCCCGCAGUGCCCGCUCAGGAGCUGCCGCUGCAGCUCUCUCGGUUGCCUAUCCUGCCGCAGCUCCACUCGUCCUCCGACAUGAUCUCGUUUCUCAUAUCGCUGCUCCUCAACCCGGCUGUCUUGACGACCCUGUCGCUCGCUUUCUUGCUGAUCCUGGCCAUCGCCUUCUCGGAUCUGCUGCCGAUCCACCAAGUCGCCAUAUCGAUUCUCAAGCUCGGCCCCGUCCCGGCCCAUGUGGCCUUUGUCAUGGAUGGCAACCGACGCUUUGCCAAGCAGCUCAAUCGGCCCACGACCGAGGGCCACUACUCGGGAUUCAUCAAGCUUGAGGAGACCCUGAACUGGUCGCUGGAGCUCGGAAUCAGAGUCGUCACCGUAUACGCCUUCAGUAUCGAGAACUUCAAGCGGCCAAAGCACGAGGUCGAUUACCUGAUGGAGCUGGCCAAGGAAAAGUUCCACCACUUUGCAACCAAGAGCGAGUUUAUCGCCAAGAACGAAAUUGCCGUGCGUGUCCUCGGCGACUGGAGCCUGCUCAGCCCCGAUGUGCGGGAAGCCGCUGCCCAGGUCGAGCAUAUGACUCGCAACAACAAGCGAUUCAUCCUGAACAUCUGCUUUCCUUACACAUCUCGCCACGAAAUGACCCACGCCAUCGAUCAAGCGGUUCAGGGCGUCAGUGAGGGUCUGCUGGAGCCAAGCGAUAUCGACAGCGGCCUGCUUACCCGAUGUCUGCUCACCCGGGACUGUCCCGAUCUCGACAUCUUUGUCCGGACCUCGGGCGAGAUUCGCUUCAGUGACUUUUUGCUGUGGCAGACCAGCGGAAGCUGCCUCAUCGAGUUUGUCAAUGCCUUCUGGCCCGACUUUACCUUUUGGCACAUGCUGCCGAUCCUGCUGAGCUAUCAAGCUGAGCACCCCAAGCUCGUGGUAAGAACCUGUUGA